UUGGCAAUGUAAUUUUUCUGGAUUUCAACUGUAACACAUUAAAAGAUGUGUUGGUGUUCGCCAUGUUGCUGCAGCCGUUGGUGUGCAAAUACGGAAGGGAUCACCCCGGCCAACGUCCUCCUCGCCAUCUUUGUCCCUCCGCUUGCGAUUUACCGAAAGAAGGGCGUCACGACUCAUUUCUGGAUUAGUCUCUUGCUGACAACUUCAGGACUUGCUCCGGGCAGCAUUCACGGGGUUUGGAUCAUUUGUAACUAGGAGCCCACAAACAUGGGUUUGAUGUAGCUUGUAUGUUUUUCUUUUUUUUUUUUGUUUAAUUAAUAUAGUUUGAUUUUUGAA